AUGGGCGACAAAGACCCGCCGCCGUUUGGCUACACGUUCAGCAACGACUUCUUCAAUGGCUCCCCCACGUCCACGCCCCUGGACACCCACGGCCAGUCGCUGCUCAGUGACAUGGAAAACCAGUCGCUCGCCGACUUCUUCUCCAACACCGACCCCUUCCACCUCUCCGACCCCCAGCCCUUCGCCGCGGAGGCAGACACCAAGCUCGCCGGCAACGACUUCGCCGACUGGAGCUUCAUGACCCCGGCCACCGUACACGGCGUCUCGGCCACGAUACCCGACCAGGCACAGCUCCACCAUCCCUUCCUCCACGACAGCAUGUUUGCCCCGCACACACAGCACAUGGACCACAUGGCCACCACCCACGACGACCUGCAGGCGGCCUCCACCCUCUUCAACAACUCACAACAACCGGCCUACCCGACCCACCGCUCGCACAGCUUCCACGACAUGUCCUCGUCAAGCAACAACCCUCACCCAAACUGCCACAGCAUACCCAACAGCGCCCAUGUUGCGAGACCCAUGGUGUCUUCCUCCCAAGGUCUGAUCGACGAGCAGCUCGCCGCCCUUCUGCCCAACCACGCCGCAGCCGGCACCCUCGACGCACAGCUUGCCGCUCAAUGGGCCCGAAGCGAUGCCCACCAGCGACACGAAGCCGAGUUUGGGCCCACAUUACAGGGGCCGACUCUGAAGCGGACCUACACUUUCGGCACAGACGACUCCUUCAGCAACCCCGCGGUUUUCUCGGCGCCGCACCAGGAGACGGAAGAACUGGUGACGCGGCGCUUGAUGCGCGACAUGCGCCACUCUCAGACCUUCAUACCAGACAUCCCGAAUCCCACCAUCUCAGAACCCACCGGACAUGCCCGCUCGACCCCAGCCGAAGACGCAAGCGACGACGAGUCUGAAGAAACCAGCUCUGCCGACGAUGACCAGCCGGCGAAGAAGCGAAAGAAGAGCAUACAGAUCAAGAAGGAGAACAUGCGCAAAACAGCGCUAGGCACGAGAGUCGGCAAGGCAAAGAAGCUAUCCGCCGCCGAAGACAACAAGAAGAAGCGAGCCUCUGCAGCAGCCCAGAAACUGCAACGCGAGAACCUGAGCGAGGCACAAAAGCGCAGCAACCACAUCCUCUCGGAGCAGAAACGGCGCAAUCUGAUCAAGCGAGGCUUCGAUGAUCUGCAUGAUCUUGUGCCCGAGAUACGCAACGGGGGGCUGAGCAAGAGCAGCGUCCUGACAGAGGCUGCCAACUUUCUCGACAAGCUCAUCGAAGACAACAAUGCCCUGCUGAAGCACAUGAGCGGUGCGUCGGCAAACGGAUAA